AUGGCCCACGCCAAGCUAGCGGUGACUGGCCGCAGUCAGAGUGUAGACCUGGAUGACCGCCACAAACCUGAGUUUAGAAGAGUUUUUAGUUCUUCCAUCAUUGAAAAUGGGCAUCAGUCUUCAGCAGGUCAGGCAAAAGUCUCCCAUGAACUGACCUCUUUUCACAUGUCAGACUCUUCCCCUGAAGCCCAUGCCCCUGCAGUCACUUUACAGAUGCCUCACCUGCCCGUUACUGCAGUAACCAGAAUAUCGGAGAAAUUUUCAGGAGAAACCAUCUCUUCGGCAGGAACAACUAAUGUGUCUGCUGGCCUGCUGGGACAGAGCAAGAGCAAGAGCAAAAACGAGACGGUAGUGAAAACUUCCAACCAGUCAGUGAAGGCCUGGAACUCAAGUUCACUGAGAACAGUGGGUUCAUCUGCUACUGCAGACAAAACCACUUCUGUCACUAAAUCUGUCUCAGCCACGAGCUAUGGGAUGAGUAGUGGAACCAAAACUGGUGAAAGUGCCACUGACAGUUACUAUGAUGUAACCCCCAAGUCUCGCUCCCCUCCUCCUACUGUCCAUCGCCAAGUUGAAAGGAGGCGAGAACUGGUGCGAUCUCAGACGCUCCCACGGACUUCAGGCACACAGGCCAGGAAAGCGCUUUUUGAGAAACUGGAACAAGACAGUGGAAAAGGAAAAGGAGAAUCCAGAGCUAAGCUGAAGAGGUCGCAAAGUUUUGGGGUUGCCAGCGCUAGCAGCAUUAAACAAAUUCUGUUAGACUGGUGUCGCUCAAAAACCAUAGGAUACAAGCACAUUGAUCUCCAGAACUUCUCCUCGAGCUGGAAUGAUGGGAUGGCAUUCUGUGCCCUUGUGCAUUCUUUCUUUCCUGAAGCUUUUGAUUAUAAUAAGCUUGACCCAGCUAAUCGCAAGCAGAACUUUGAGCUGGCUUUCACCAUGGCUGAGAAAAUGGCUCACUGUGAUCGUCUUAUAGAAGUGGAUGACAUGAUGGUGAUGGGCCACAAGCCAGAUCCCAUGUGUGUCUUCACCUAUGUACAGUCUCUAUAUAAUCAUCUACGUCGCUUUGAAUGAAACCCUGGCCAACUCUUCAGCCAGAAGGGUCAAGUACAGUAUACUAAUGGGAAGACUAAUGUUUUACAAAUAGAAUGCAGUGUUACUUCUUGUUCUAAAGCUUUUUGCUAUCCUGCUUGCAUUCAGCUGUGUUGCUGACUGAAGUGUUGCUGAGCAGUCUCUCAAAGCAUUGAUCACAACAGUAUGUCAAUAAUGAAGCAUAUUUUAAAAAAGACAAAAAGCAUAGGGAAAGGUAAAUGCUGUCAUUUUGGUGCUUGUAGUAGCCUGGUUCUUGACUGUUCUUGUGUUUAAGAUCCCAAGGAGCUAAAUGCCAGCGCCUGUCUGCCUUCACUUGAGGUGGACAUAAUUUUAUGCAGUGACAGGUAACUCAAGCUAUGAAGCUGUUGUCUCCUAAAAUGCAGUUUAAACUCCAGAAGGACAGCAUCUUCCCUUUCAUGUCUCUGUCCACCAUUACAUAACAGAAAGAGCAGACAUACUAAGACAAGGAAAACUCCAUGUAGCAAAUGUAAGCUAGAAUACACUAUCAUUAGGGCAACAGGCUCUACAAACUUAAGGUGUUUGCCCCAACAAACAGGACUUACACUGUUCUCUUACAGCAGAAAGAGAAUACCAGGUCUUACCUAUUGAGUGGGGCCCCAGACACCACCAUCUCACACAGCAGUUUGUCUGCAGUGUGGUGCAGUGGUUGGAUCUAGCGUGAUUUUGCUUGGAAAACUGGCUGAGGCCUCUACUGGAGUCCUGGCUUCAUUUCUUGCUUAUGAAGAAUAGCAGCAGUUGGGGCUGUUUUGUGUGAGGCUGUGUGCAUGAAUUAGGGGUGGUUAACAAGCUACAAAAUGCUCUAAACGCUUGUAGGAGAAGCGGGACUGCAGUAUCCUUUGACCUAUGCUCUGGAGGAGAGCAACUCUAAGGUGGACCGGAAUGACAUUUUAAUGACGCAUUCAGUCCUUGUUCUGUCUGUUAAGUGGCCAAGCAAGGUGCAAAAAAGUGUGAAUUAAGUGGGAAUUCUGAAAUGCCUUUGGCUAGUUUCCAAUUUCAGUUAAUUUAACAGAGCUUUGUUUUCACAGUGAAUGUUAAAAACAAAAUAAAUUAAAAAGCACCCUAAAAACAAGGAAACUUUAAUUUCUUCCCUAAAAACAGGCUCAUAGAAAAUAGAGCCCUCUGCUUAGGCUAAAGAAUGGUUUUUAACCUGCAUUUGUUUGUGCUCUUUGUAGGUAUUUAUAAAUAUUACUUUGGUUCUGUAUUGAUGACCAUUUAUAAUAAAAUAUGUCAAACA